ACAACACCGCCUUCACACAACCUGCAAACACAAAUUGACGUAUUACCUUGCGGAUUCCCAAAGAAAAAAAAAAGUCCACGGCGGUGCAAGCUGCCAUGACACGGCACGAGUAGGGCAGCAGGGCCGACGUUGUUCUCCCCUCCCCUCCCGUCUUCCGUCUUCGCGGACAAUGUCCUCCGGGCGCAAGAUUGGCAAAAGAGCUUGUGACGCGUGCAAGAUCCGCAAGAUCAAAUGCACAGAGGUCCCGCCCUGUGACGGCUGCGUCGCCAUCGGGACAUCAUGCACCUUCAACAAGGUCCCCGCCACUAGGGGCCCACGGAACCUGAGGGCGAAGACGAUACGCCAGAUUGCCCAGGCCCAGAAGGAGAGCUCUGCUGGUACUGCUUCUGCUCCUGCUUCUUCUGCUACUGCUUCCGCUGGCUCCGGUACUGCGUCCUCCGUCUCGCCUACCGGUGAUGGGGCUUCCACUUCGACCCCGACCGUUGCCGCCGCCUCUUCGGGAGUUCCGUCCUCGUCCCGGUCUCCGUCGUCCUCUGAAGGAGGAUCCUCCGAGGCCACUGGGAGCGCCGCGAGUGGGCAACGGGUUCUCCGACAGGAGAAUGCCAUCCAGCCGCAAAGGACGCCCAGCGCAUCACUGGUCUUGAGGCUAUGUAUUUACCGCCUGCGUCUGUUCCCCGUCUGGCCCAUCAUUGCAGUCGAGGACAUCAUGGCCUCGCUGUCCCGCGACACUGACGACCUUGAAUCAUACGUCUUGGCCAACGCCGUGGGAGCUGCCACCAUUGCCCAGCUCAAGCUGGCCACGACUGACAAUGACGAUCCGGCGACGGCGGGCUCAAUGGAGACUGAGUGCCAGCGGUCGAGGAUGGUGCUCCAAGAACGCGAGGGAGGCCCGCCCAUGAACCUCAACUGGCUGAGGACGUCCUUCUUUCUCCACGUUUAUCAUGAGAAUCAGCAACCUGGAGGGGCCAAGUCGCUUCUCUACCUCCGAGAGGCCAUCACCAUUGCUCAGAUUAUGGGAUUGCACAAGGAGUCUUCGUACGUGGCUCUGCCUUUGGCGGAACAGCAGAUGCGGAGGAGGACACUUUGGCUGCUGUUUGUUACAGAAAGAGGUGUCGCCAUGCUUCACAAGCUACCCGUGGCUCUAAAGUCCAACACCCGUUUCCCGUCCCUGGAUGGUUCAGGGGUCGGCGAAGACGAGGGCCACAUUCUACCUGCUUUCAAAAAGUUGGCCGACCUCUUUUGGAUAUUCGACCAAAGCGGCGCCUUUGACAUCCUCCAGAACUCGGAUGACGAGGACGCCCUGUGGUCCAUGGCCGACGGCCUCCAAACGGCUAGCAGAGCGUGUCUUGAUGUCGUGCAGCAGAAGCUUCAGCAGAUCCCCCUGGACUCUGACGCCAGCAACGAUGUCCAGCGAGCCGACAUUGUUGUCACUCGUCAAUGGAUGCAGGCCGUGUUGUGGAAAGUCACCAUGAACCACGGCCGCGCUUGGUCUUCCAACGGCAACCAUAGCGCUGUCACUUCGUUAUCACACCCCAUCCAGAUCGCCAAGGAGUUUCUCCAGUUAAUCUCACAACUUCCCAGCACGGCCAUUGAAGCCCAUGGGCCCGGAAUCGAGUUCAAAAUCUACGAGAUUGCUAGCGCGGUUACGGACGCCGUGGCGAAUAACUUUCGUCUACCUCGCACCUCCACCGACGGCCCGCGAGACAUCCUCCUCCAGCUGCAAAGGGUCCUCGCCUCGUGCCGCGGCGGCAACAAAGCCCUCUUGGAGAUGCUCUGCGCCCGCAUAGCAGAGGUCCAGGACGGCCCUCUGCUGAUCAUGAACAGAAGCCCGACGUCGAGGGUCCAGGAAGUUGACGACGACCAGUGGCGGGAUGAUAGGAAUUCUGCUGCUGCUGCUGCUGCGAAUGGUCAACCAGACAUAUUUGCACCCAUCAAUGGUGUAUCUCACUCGAACCAAAACUACGGACCACCCUCACAUUCCAACUUUUCAUCAAUGUUUGACAAGGAUGGUGGUGCCGCGCCGGGCAUGCCCAACGGGAACACGGUAUCACUCUCCCCCCAGCGACAGGGGCUCGGCAGACCGCCCGUCUGGGAUCAAUCUGCCGCCGGCCAGAUGGGCUCCGGCGCCCCCCACGACCUGAUUGACCAGCUGCAACACUUUGAUGGCUCCUUCAACACCGUCGAAUCCAACGGCACGCUCGAUAUGCUCUUCGCCAACGGAGCUUUGUGGGAUAACGUUGCGAACGAUGACUGGAUGGCGUCGGUGCAGGGGAAUCCGGGCGUGUUCCAUAGCCCGACGCAGUCUUCGGCCAAUUUGCAGAGGACGUAUGAGUAGGGUUGAUGUUGAUGUUGAUUACUGAUCUCUAACUACCGAUUCUGGGCCGGUCGCGAUCCGAAACCGCACGGUUCGAAGAUAUUCAUUUACGGGCCGCAGGAGUUGAUGGUGCACAUGGGAAGCACUCGGCUUGAAGCACGGCAGAUCCACGUCUUGGUCACGGCCGAAGCAUAUAUCCUGGCGUCCAGGCGCCAAUGGAUGGAAUCAGGAGCGUGAUUACCGAAUCUCUAGGUAAGCCAUCCUCAUCU